UCAGCUGAUCAUGUUCAGUCGCCGGGGUCAGUGUCGGUGCUCGUGUCGGUGCUGUUGAGUCUGACGUGGACGGUGAAGUUGACCGGAGCGGGACACACCGACUGGAGGAGUUUCGAGUCCAAACUGACCCAAGAUUUACAACCAAAAUGGCUCCGACUCUGGAUAUUGAGAAACUGCAGCCUGGGGACUUGAUUGAAAUCUCCCGUGGGAUGUACCAGCACUGGGCUGUGUACACUGGUGAUGGCUACGUUGUUCACGUGGCACCACCCUGUGAGGGCCCGGGAGCAGGCUCCAGCAGUGUGAUGUCCGUCGUAGCUGACAGGGCCGUGGUGAAGAGAGAGUUCCUGUGGAACGUAGUGGGAGAAGAUGAUUGGCGAGUAAACAACGACCUGGACAAUGAGUACCAUCCCCUUCCAGGUUCUAUCAUUGUGAAUGAGGCCAUGCAAUGGGUGGGCAAGGUGUUGCCGUACUCCGUCUUCAGCAAGAACUGUGAGCACUUUGUCAACAACCUACGCUACGGCAAACACGAGUCCCGUCAGGUGAAUCAAGUAAAAAGAAUUGCCCUUGCUGCAGGCGGGACAGUAGCCGUCUUUGGAGGGAUUUUGGGCUUCCUGGCUUUGAUGAGAGGCAACAGAACAUCAGACCGGAACACAGAGUGAUUGAGGUCCCAAGUCGCCUGUCUCGGAAUCAGUGCCUUGAUAAACACAUCACCAACAAAGUCUGGACCUAAUCACAAUCAAACUAAAGCACAGAUUACUUUUUCUACCUUAUCUUAACUUUACAUCCUUUUUUCCCUCACACAAGGUUAAAUGCAAGGUAUUUUUUAGACAUUUCUACAAAUUUCCACUUAAUAAUGGGCCUCAAUGAAAAAUGUCUAAAUAUUUUUAUAAGACAAAUUGAAAAUGACAGAUAGUUUUGGGAGGUUUGUAAGAAUGAGAAUCUUUUCUACAGAUUAGGGUUGUGUUUUUUUAAAAUUCAAACUUAUAAACAAGAUGUUUCUAAAAGGUGCUCAUUUAGGAGUAGUAGUGGGUAUUUAAUAUCUUAAUGUGGUUGAUGGUAUCUGAAGAAGAAUAUAUAACACUCACGCAUAAUAAAAUUGUUAACACGUCUCACAGGAAGGGCAUUUUAAUGUCAUGUCACAUCACGUUGUGCUAACUUUGUCACCUUCUGUUGAUUAAUUAAAAAAAGAUUCAAAAGUAAUUUGUUUGAAUAUCUAUGUUGACAUUAUUGUUGUGUAUUCUCUCUCCUGUAGUUUGUGCUUUUCCUUUUUGUCAUUCUGCAGGUGUCUCUCACUGCAGGUCUGCCACAGCUACUUAGCUAUUACCUUAACCUGUCACCAGAAUUAUUAUUAUUAUUACUGACAUUACUAUAUUACUAUUGUUUGUCAUUUUAGGAAUGGUUGGAUGUCUUUACAGUAUUUGUAAGCUUGACCUUAUUAUGCAAAGUGCCUUAAGAUAAUGUACUCUGUUUUGAUUUUGUGCUAUUUGGUAAAAGUACAAAUGCAGCUCACUGCAUGUCUGCCAUAACUACUUAGCUACUACCUUAACCUGUCACCAGAAUUAUUAUUAUUAUUACUGACAUUACUAUAUUACUAUUGUUAGUCAUUUUAGGAACGGUUGGAUUUCUCUACAGUAUUUUUAAGCUUGACCUUGCGAUGCAAAGUGCCUUAAGAUAAUGUACUCUGUUUAGAUUUUGUGCUAUUUAGUAAAAGUACCAAUGAAACAAGAAUAAUCCAAUGCAUGUUAAAGUUUUGAUAAAGGGUUAUC